CACAGCGAGCGAGACGUCAACAACAGAGAGCUGGUUACUGAUGCUGGUGAAUUGUGAGAGUAAUCACAUUGUAACGACUCGUGUUCAAGGUUAUUACUUUGUAUUAACUACGUUCGAUUUGCAUCAAGGUAAGAAUUGUGUUGGCUAUUGUUCAAUAAGAUACUCAAAAUGUGCAAGCUUUUGGUGUCUGUUUGCUUGACUAUUGUAGGCUAUGAUUCAAAACAAGUAAGCUCGAGUUGUUGUCCACUUGAGAAGGCGAGCAAUUAACAUCGAUGUCACAGGUAGAAUUAAGCAUUAAUAAGCCUAGCAUAGGCCUACUAUUUUACCACUUUUUUUUAUAGGCUAGUUUGAAUUGGAAUAAUAAUUGGAUAAACAAUUGCAGCAAUAUGUUUCAUGACUUCUGCAUGUGAACGUAAACUAAAGAAACCCAGUCUGCAACAUACUAAAAAAUGGAUGACGUGAACAGCAGAUUUGGCCCUAAACGCAUUUUAUCCCCUUGAUUUCUAGCUCUAUGCCUUGUCCAUUAUUGUAUAGUGUCUUGAUUAAUUCGUUUUAGUUGUGAUUCUGAAUAGGUGGAUUCAUAGCUUCUAAGUCCAUUAAGUUUGCAAUGUUGAAAUGUGCAUGUUCCGCAUGUGAUUCAUGACUGCAUACUGAUGUAAAUAAUGUCCAAGUUCGAGCUCCCAUCACGCCCACCCGAGCUGAGUUUACACGCGAUUACUCCGUGUGUCAACACAUUCAUGGAUGCAUCUAUCACGACAAAACAAGUAGUAACCUAACCAAAUAAUAGCGAAUAUUAAACUGAAAUGAUAGCAAGAUCAAACCACAAUUUGAAAGCAAUGAAGUACGUUGUCACUGUUAAAAACCGAAGCUUUGAACUUGGUAUGUGUUUGAAGGUGCACUGGCCAGUGACGCGGCAUCGCUUGAAUAACAAAGAGUAAAGAUCACAUUACAAGACUGUUCCAAAGCAUGAUUGUAUAUUUUUAGAGAGGAAUAUGUCCGUUUUCUGAAAAAAGUUUGAUAAUGCGGUUGUGUCAUCGACAGUCGAGUUUAUGGACUUGUAGACGACCGACGGCGGGUUGAAAGGUUCCGUUUAAAAUGGGUGCGUAUGAGGCUGCUCGUGUGCCAUGCUUCCUGGCGAAAGUGGGCGGUGAACGAAUCGAGUUACAGUAGUCUUUCCUCGGUGGAAAGGAUCUCUUUUUCAUCAUGACCGACUACUUUCAUUUUUAAACAUAGGCGGUUUUAAUGACUAACGAUGUUAAGUCUGUUUUACAACUUUAAAAUUAGAAAUAUUUCGGACAUGAUAGCGCAUCACACACAAGCUCCAUUCCUGCCAUCACACACACCCUGUCCUCACUCCCUCCUCCCCUCCCUCACUCCCCGCCUUUGAAGUGUGUUGCCAUGUAGAGUUACGGCACAUAGGCCUACUGUAUUAUCCUGCUACUGUCUGUGGUUGUACCACUGCAUUGUCAUGAGACCCGAAGGACUGCCGCUUAAAUGGCAAAACAAGUAGCAUGCGGGCGCGGCUCACGGUUUUGCCGCAUGAUUAUUUUGAAGGCCUCCACUGUGCUUAGUGAUAGGGUUUGCAUGGCAACAUAAGAGAGAAUUCCACUUUAAAUGUCGAUUAGAAGUAAACCAUACCCCCACAUAUAUAUAUAUAUAUAUAUAUAUAUAUAUAUAUAUAUAUAUAUAUAUAUAUAUAUAUAUAUAUAUUUUUUUUUACAAUUUCUUGCACCACGAGGUAUUCACACAAGCAGCAGUUCUCAUCAAUUUAGCCUCUUUCAUUCACCUGACAGGCGCGUCUGUCCUUUAGCAUCAAAACCAGAGUUUACAGGUUUGUCAUACCUUAUGAUAUGUUUUAUUUUGCCAUAUCGGUGCGGAAGUUAUGCAAAUCUCCGAGGGCGAUAAGAGCGCGGCAGCAGGGGGACAUUAUCUGUCUGACGUGCAGACAGCUGACCUAUAUUCACUCCAUUUGGGUCAAGGCAUGGCACUCACUUUCAUCUGCCGCGCGUUAUUGCGCGAGCCGUCUGAAAAAUAUUACAUGUCAGAGCUAUAUCAACCAUCUAUAUAUAUAUAUAUAUAUGGAAACACAUUGAAAUGGUAGCCUGUUGUUCCGCUGGUUGGUACACAGGCUGAAUAUUUUGCAUAACGUUUGAAUAAUCCCUUAAUAGGGAAUAGAUAUGCCCAAAAUGUAACAUAUGCCUGUAGGCUAACCAUCGCCUGUUAUAGGCCAUUCCUUUUCAUUACGAUUCUUGCCAUUUUUAAUUUUAAUAAACAGCAAAUUACCAUUGCUGUUUUGUGUUUUUGAAAACAGAUGUUUGGCUUUCACAAGCCGAAGAUGUACCGGAGUUUAGACGGCUGUUGCAUCUGCCGCGCCAAGUCCUCCAGCUCGCGCUUCACGGACAGCAAGCGGUACGAGAAGGACUUCAUGAGCUGUUUCGGGUAAGCAAGAAUUUCUGACAAUUACCGCGCCUUUUAAAGUGGAUUUCCACGUUGUAACAAUGUAAUUACUAUAGUCUGCUGCAAACGCAGCAGAGUCAAUGAAAUUCCACACAUUAAGUUAUGUUUCCAUUGCGGUGUGGUGCGUAAAUUACGCAUGGCGCCUAUGCAGCAAACAGGUGUAGUAUAGCGACAUUGCUGCCUCCCAAGCACACACUCACAAUUACAAAACAUUGUAUUGUCCCUAUGAGUCGACAGCUACAUGUGAAUUCAUCUAAAAUGGUUUGAAUAUAAAAAAUAAAAGAUGUCCUGGUAACCAAAAUGUAAUGACAUUAGGAAUUAUAAUAUUAACAUUGUUCACAUUGUCCUGCUUAACCCAUAUUUCACAUGUUUUCCCCUCAUGUACAGUGAGGGAAAAAAGUAUUUGAUCCCCUGCUGAUUUGGUACAUUUGCCCACUGACAAAGAAAUUAUCAGUCUAUAAUUUUAAUGGUAGAAAUAAAUUAUCAGUCUAUAAUUUUAAUGGUAGGUUUAUUUGAACAGUGAGAGACAGAAUAACAACAAAAAAAUCCAGAAAAACGCAUGUCCUUUAAGAGUGUGCUCCUAAUCUCAGCUCGUUACCUGUAUAAAAGACACCUGGGAGCCAGAAAUCCUUCUGAUUGAGAGAGGGUCAAAUACUUAUUUCCCUCAUUAAAAUGCAAAUCAAUUUAUAACAUUUUUGACAUGGGUUUUUCUGGAUUUUUUUGUUGUUAUUCUGUCUCUCACUGUUCAAAUAAACCUACCAUUAAAAUUAUAGACUGAUCAUUUCUUUGUCAGUGGGCAAAUGUACAAAAUCAGCAGGGGAUCAAAUACGUGUUUCCCUCACUGUAGAUUGUGUGAAACUCGGUCUGGAGAAAUCUGCAAUGCCUGUGUACUCCUGGUGAAACGAUGGAAGAAACUCCCAGUGGGGUCUAAGAAAAGCUGGAAUCAUGUAAGCUCCACAUUUUGUCUUGAUCUCCUCUUCACCACUUACCUGUCUGUUGAAAAUGGUUACGAAUAACACCAAAAAGAGGAGAGGAGCUCCUAUCAAUCUCUCUUCUCCUUUUCUUUCCUAUCCCCCUCUUCUGUUCUCUACUCUUCUUCUCUCCCCUCCUCUCCCCUCCUAGGUGGUUGAUGCCCGAGGAGGCCCCAGCCUAAAGAUGUCUUCCAGGCCAAAGAAGCUGAAGUCCCUCUCCAAGAGAGCCAGGCCAAGCCAGAUCAGCCGACUGCAGAAAGAGCUGAAGAGAAACAGUAAGUCCUGUUCACAAUGCUCCAUAAACAUAAUGGGCUUUGACCACUUCAAUAAUAGAUCAAUGCAACCAUAAGGACCCAAUCUCAGUGCUUUUCAGGCACUGAGGCAGACAAAAAAUAAAUAAUUUCACGAGUAUCCUUGUAUUGUAGCCUAACCGCAGGUAGCCUAGUGCUUAGAGCAUUGGGCCAGUAAAAGGUUGCUAGUUCGAAUCCCCGAGCUGAAAAGGCAUUUAACCCUAAUUGCUCCAGGGUUGCCAUUGAUAAUGGCAGACCCUGGCCGUGACCCCACUCUCAGAGGGAGUUGGGAUAUGCAAAAAAAAACAUUUUCAAUUCACACAUGCGUAUAAUACACGCUUGUACAUGAAAUAGGACAAAUAUAAGCACCCACCUAAUUAUUAUUAAUAUACAAUUAUAUAUGUAAAUAUUCUGGCGGUUGAGAUGUUUCAAACUUUGCGCAACAUUCCCACUCUGAACAUACCCCUGCUGCAUUCUACCAAAUAAUAUACACUACAGUAUAGCUUACUUCAUCUACGGAUCUACCGCCCUUCCAGACUCUGAUGCCCACAGCACCACGUCCAGUGCCUCCCCGGCCCAGUCUCCCAGCUACAGCAACCCCUCAGACGAGGGCUCCGACACAGAGCUCUCCCCUGGCUCCAGCCGCUCCCCUGUCUUCUCCUUCCUGGACCUCACCUACUGGAAGAGGUAAGGCUGGAGGACCUUACAGAAAUAGAAACUGAAAUAGAAACGCAACAUGUAAAGUGUUGGUCCCAUGUUUCAUGAGCUGAAAUAACAGAUCCCAGAAAUUUUCCAUACGCACAAAAAGCUUAUUUCUCUCAAAUUUUGUGGAGAAAUUUGUUUACAUUUACAUUACAUCAUUUACAUUUUAGUCAUUUAGCAGAUGCUCUUAUCCAGAGCGACUUACAGUUAGUGAGUGCAUACAUUAUUUUAUUUUUAUUUUUUCAUACUGGGAAUCGAACCCACAACCCUGGCGUUGCAAACGCCAUGCUCUACCAACUGAGCUACAUCCCUGCCGGCCAUUCCCUCCCAUACCCUGGACGACGCUGGGCCAAUUGUGUGCCGCCCCAUGGGUCACAGGGUUUACAUCCCUGUUAGUGAGCAUUUCUCCGUUGUCAAGAUAAUCCAUCCACCUGACAGGUGUAGCAUUAUCAAGAAGCUGAUUAAACAGCAUGAUCAUUACAUCUUGUGCUGAGGACAAUAAAAGGCAGUUUUGUCACACAACACAAUGCCACAGAUGUCUGAAGUUUUGAGGGGAGCGUGCAAUUGGCAUGCUGACUGCAGGAAUGUCCACCAAAGCUGUUGCCAGAUAAUUGAAUGUUAAUUUCUCAACCAUAAACCGCCUCCAAUGUCAUUUUAGAGAAUUUGCCGGUACGUCCAAUCGGCCUCACAACCACAAACCACGUGCAUGGCGUCGUGUGGGUGAGCAGUUUGCUGAUGUCAACGUUGUGAACAGAGUGCCCCAUGGUGGCAGUGGGGUUAUGGUAUGGGCAGGCAUAAGCUACGGACAACGAACAUAAUUGCAUUUUAUCGAUGGCAAUUUGAAUGCACAGAGAUACCGUGAUACCCUGAGGCCCAUUGUCGUGCCAUUCAUCCGCCGCCAUCACCUCAUGUUUCAGCAUGAUAAUGCAUGGCCCCAUGUCGCAAGGAUCUGUACACGAUUCCUGGAAGUGUCCCAGUUCUUCCAUGGCCUGCAUAUUCACCAGACAUGUCACUCAUUGAGCAUGUAUGGAAUGCUCUGGAUCGAUGUGUAAUACAGCAUGUUCCAGUUCCCGCCAAUAUCCAGCAUCUUCCCACAGCCAUUGAAGAGGAAUGGGACAAAAUUCCACAGGUCACAAUCAACAGCCUGAUCGAUUCUAUGCGAAGGAGAUGUGUCGCGCUGCAUGAGGCAAAUGGUGGUCACACCAGAUACUGACUGGUUUUCUGAUCCACGCCUCUACCUUUCUUUUAAGGUAUCUGUGACCAACAGAUGCAUAUCUGUAUUCCCAGUCAUGUGAAAUCCAUAGAUUAGGGCCUAAUGAAUUUAUUUCAAUUGACUGAUUUCCUUAUAUGAAUUGUAACUCAGUAAAAUCUUUGAAAUUGUUGCAUGUUGUGUUUAUAUUUUUGUUCAGUACACAUGCCCUGUUAGACAGUAUGGGCCAGUUUCCCAGGACACAGUUUAUCCUGGAUUGAAAAUGUCCAUUGAAAGUGCAAUAGACUCCUUUCCAGUACACGACACACUGAUGUCAUGCACAGAUGCGCGUGACUCUUGGCAGAAGUAAGAAAGCCAUCUCCAUCUGCGCCCAUUCAACAGCCUAGAUUUACUUUUUCAUUACUUCUGAACAAAAUAACUUUGUGGGGUUCUCAUACAUUUACAAUGAUGUUUUGAUUCUUGCUUGAACAGUCGCUAAGAUUAUAUUUGGUUGUGAUCUUUGCAAAAUAGCUAUUUUGGAUGCAGCAGUUGUUAGCUAGAAUGCUAACGCUUAUUGACAUAGGCUGUUGCAAAAGCUAGCCAAAUAGCCAUUUUACUGGUUGAAGUUGAACUGUUUUUUAAGUAUAAUGCAGUUGAUUUGCGAAUAUGACACAAACAUUAUAUUAAGCAGGACAUUCAUAAGAGCCUUCAAAUCCAAUUAUAAUCCAAAAGUAGUGUGAAAUGCACUCAUAAGCAACAUGUAAAUAGAGGCUUUUUUUGCUGGCGUUCUAUAAGAACUCCCACGUGUUCUGCCGCCAACUUGCGCGCAUCGCCCUCGUGCGGCAAUGUUUGCAAACACAGAAAGGGGUCUAUAAAGUCCAGGCUUAAUCUGGGUGUGGGAAAACUUCCCUUUGUGUCCUGCAAACUCUGUUUGAGAUGUAGAAUGUUCAUGACUGCCUUGUCCAAACACUUCCCUUUUUAAACAAUAUGUAUUGUUUUUUGUUUUGGUAGUUUUUUUUGUACUUAUUUAGUCAGUGUUGUAUUCAUUUUAGUGCGGAACAGAUGUGGGAAGCCUUCUGAUCCAUAUGUAGCCUCCCAUAUCCAUGGUCACCAGUGUUUUGAAGUGGAUUUAUUCCUCUGAGAACAAUGAUAAUGAGGAUGAAUAUGAUGAUAAACAGGUAGAAUGUGUCCUUAAUAAACGUUAACACGUUGUAUCUCAGCACAGGUUGUGUCUGAGUGACUGUAACUUGUUCCCUGUGUCCCCCAUGUCUGAUAAUACUCAUACCGUUUCAUACAGUCUUCAGUCGGUAAGGUGGUACAUCAUGAAUUCAUUAUCCUAUAUGGCCUGUAUGUGUGUGGCAACUCUUUCCCAUUUUAUAUACACUGCUCAAAAAAAUUAAGGGAACACUAAAAUAACACAUCCUAGAUCUGAAUGAAAGAAAUAAUCUUAUUAAAUACUUUUUUCUUUACAUAGUUGAAUGUGCUGACAACAACAAUAUAUAUAUAUAUUUUUUCACUUCACACAAUGCAGUGGUGUGUGUGUGUGUGGUGAGCUAAUGAGCCUCCUAACAGAACACUGCGCCUGUAAUCUCCAGCCUGGAAGCUUCCUUGUUAAUUUUCACCAGAUGCGCAGCCUCACCACUGCUCUGGAAGUCAGAUAAAAGAGAGGAAGGAAGGAAAUAAAUAAAUAAUGAAAGAGAAAGAAAGAUGAGCCAUCAAAGGAGAGCUUAUUUUGUAUUUUAUAUGCGCACAUGCAUUAGUGUCUGUAACAAUAAUUGACUGUAUCUUGCAUGGUUGGAUGUACCGUGUCAGUAUCACAGGAAUAAUCCCAUGCUCCUUUGCUCCUCCUCUAGGCAGAGGGUGUGUUGUGGGAUCAUCUACAAGGGCCGCUUUGGGGAGGUGCUCAUCGACCCCCACCUCUUCAAGCCCUGCUGCCGCAAGAAACAGCAGCGGCAGCGGCUGGAGGAGGAGGAAGAGUACGAGGAAGUGGAGGUGGAAGUGGUAGAAGUGGCGGAGGAGGUGGGGAAGGAAGAGGAGGUGGAGGAGGAGGAGGAGGAGGAGGGGGAGGAGGUGAAGGUGAAGAGGUCAAACAACAGCCAGAAGAGCUUAGAGACUCCUCAGCUACAGGUCACCAUGACAACACCUCAGACCGAAGAGGAGGAGGAGGAGGUUGAGGAGGAAGACUGGUAA